GCCAAUCAGCUGUUUUGGGAGGGACACCGUACAAGCUCGGUUCCCAAUGCAGAUCCUGUCGGUUCGAGGAGGCGCACUUGUGUGCUUCUUUCUGUACUUAUUUGUUGUCGGUUUCUCCAAUGCGGAUGGAAAAAAAGUCGAGGUUGUUGGGGUUGGUGAGUGUGCAGAUUGUGCGGAGAAUAACUUCGAGACUAGCAAGGCCUUUUCAGGGCUUCGUGUAAACAUAGACUGUAAGCAAGAAAAUGGGAAGUAUUUCAAGACACGAGGCUCGGGCGAGCUUGAUAAACAUGGGAAUUUCAAGGUGUUACUUCCUGUGGAAAUGGUUAAAUAUGGGGAAUUGAAGGAAGAAUGUUAUGCGCAGCUUCAUAGUGUGUCGGCUGAACCUUGUCCUGCACAUGAUGGCAUGGAGUCGGUCAAGAUAGUGUUGAAGUCCACUAGCGACGAGAAACACAACUUUGGGUUGAAAGGAAAGCUUAGAUUCUCACCUGUAACCUGUGCUUCGGCCACCUUUUGGCCUCACCUUCAGUUCCCUCCAUUGCCAAAGUGGAACCAUCCUCCUUUGCCCACGUUUCCCGUUCCACCGUUGACAGGGUUCCACUUCCAUCAUCAUCACCCAAUCUUCCCUACCAUCUACAAGAAACCUCUUCCACCAUCGGUUCCGGUGUCUAAACCACCGCCAGUUCCAGUAUAUGAAAAACCACUUCCUCCACCUGUUCCAAUCUAUAAACCUCCACCGGUUCCAAAAUACAAGAAGCCACUUCCUCCACCAGUUCCAGUAUACAAGAAGCCACUUCCUCCGCCAGUACCAGUAUACAAGAAGCCACAUCCUCCGCCAUUUCCAGUAUAUAAGAAGCCACUUCCUCCUCCAGUUCCAAUCUAUAGGAAACCACAUCCUCCUCCAGUUCCAGUAUAUAAGAAACCACUUCCUCCUCCAAUUCCAAUCUACAAACCCCCUCCAGUUCCUGUAUACAAGAAACCAUUACCUCCAUCAGUUCCAGUGUACAAACCUCCGACUCCAGUCUAUACAAAGCCGCUACCACCACCUGUUCCUGUAUACAAGCCAAAACCGCUCCCUCCACUUCCCAAGAUCCCACCGUUCCCUAAGAAGUCAUGUCCUCCUCUCCCCAAGAUCCCUCCAAAGUAUUUCCGCCACCAUCCUAAGUUCGGAAAAUGGCCUCCAUUGCCACCAUUUUCUCCUCAUCAUAAAAGCAUAUCCUUUCACGCUAUCAAUGAAGGUUAGUGUGUGAAGACCGCAUGCAAUACAAGUCUUUCGAAGGAAAUACGAAUGAAGAAAACAAAACAAAAUGUUUAAAUUAAGAGCGAAGUUAUUAAUUUAUUAUUUAUAUGUUUUGGUGAUCACUUUGUGAAUGUGUGAAUUUCUAAUUUCUUAUUGCAAUAAAGAGUAGUGCAUUGCUUUCCUUUGCUUACCCAAAUUUAAAACUUCAACAGUCAACAU